AGGGGGUCGAGUUUUGGACCAAUUGUAAAAGGAAAGCUCUCUGGGUCUAUCUGGUCAUCCGGAGAGGCUGUGCACGUUCUCGAAGAACACAUGGCCUGUAAAAUUUGUAUUUGGAAGCACCUGAUUUAGGCAGGGUUUACCUAGGGUCGAGAUAGUGAAGAUGUCAGUAAAUCGCGGUCGUAAUGGAAGAGCUAGAAAUGGAGAUUUAGGUAAAUCUAGUAAAUCUAGUAAAUAGGUACCUUAGGUACCUACUUGCAUAAACCGGAUUCGGAAGGACCCUGAACAUCCGUAACUUAGGUAGUAGCCGAGAGUUGGGUAUCGAUGACAUAAUGUCUAUUACUCAGGCAAGGAAGAGGAAAGUUUCAAAAGUCCGGAUACCCUUGCUCAUUCACAUUUAUUGACCUAUUAACCUAUUGACCCUUCCUAACUUAGGAGUUAAAAGUAUCUACUUAAUAUCUACUUAAGAUAAGUCCCACCAUUGGGAACCUACCUACGAUAUAACAACAUACAAAAUAGUCAUACUUCACACUUCAAAUUUCAUACUUCAUUAGGUAAUAUCCCCAAAACGCCAAUGAAGCAUACGGGAAAGGAAAGGGAAAUAGGAAAAUAGGGGAAAAAAUAAAGGAAAGGAAAGGAAAGAAAUAAUACGCCGAUAGCUUUAUUCGAAUUCGUCUACGAAGAUGGAUCCAGUUCCGACGCUGGACGUCUUCAUACUCACUUUCAAUGCUGCCAAGCGCCAGAUCCACGCCCCUGUCUUUGCUCGACACUUAUACAAUGCAUUCGGACAGAAUGCUUCGCGUCUUCCAGAAUUGGUUGUCAUCUCCCUCCAGGAAAUGGCACCCUCAGCUCAGGCCUUUAUCGGCUCCUACAUGCUUAAUCCUUAUUUUCAACGCUACGAGUCGGCCGUAAACCUUGCAGCCGCCAAAUUCGCUGCAGAAGUGGAGCGCCAGAAUCUCCCGAAAGACCACCCCUACACGCUGGUGACCAUGCGCAAUGUCGGUAUGACAGGCAUUUUACUUUUCGCUCGAGACCCAGACAUGGUGAAGCACCUACGGGCUACUGAGAUCGGGUUUGGUGCUGGUGGCAUGGCCAACAAAGGAGCUGUCGGGCUUCGGCUGCAAUAUAACAAAAGGGAUGCAGAUGGUUCUUUACUAGCAUCGACAGAACUCACCUUCGUCAGUGCUCACCUAGCCGCUAUGGAGUGGAAUCUCGAAAAGAGAAACAAGAAUUGGGAGAGUAUAGCCUCGGGUCUCGUGUUUGAUGAUCCCAAGAAAUACGCAGAGAGGCAGGCAAAACAAUUCAGUCACCGGGAUAACAAUGAUAACGGUGAAUCUGAAGCCCAGCAAGCUCUGCUCUCACAGGAUAGAACCGAAAAGUCCCUGCACGAUAUUUCCAUAUAUAAGCCCAGUGCUCACCUCUUUAUUGCUGGUGAUCUAAACUAUCGUAUAUCCGACAGUGCGCCAGCCCUGGACUCGGUAUUUCCUGAUCGCAAUCCCGAUAAUGCGCCCGAAAGUCCCAAUCACUUUUCUCACUUUUUAGCUCACGACCAGCUUACUGCUGAGAAAGCGGCUGGUCGCGCAUUGCACGGGUUAUCCGAGGCGAAAAUCAAGUUCCCGCCGACUUAUAAGCUGGUGCUAUCGCCAAAGCCAAAGCCUCAUGCCGGGAUCGAGAUUGCCGGGGACGAGGAUGAUGACAUGGAUGAAGUCGAGUGGUCGUGGGCUCCUCAUCGAUGGCCUAGCUGGUGCGACCGCAUUCUAUUCCAGGAGAUACCCUGGUGGGCUAGGGAGAUCGUCGGCAAUAAGAGUAUGGAUGUUUUAGCUUACAAUGCACUUCCUCCCGUGAGAUCGAGCGACCAUAAAGCGGUGUUCUUGCGCGUAGAGGUUCCGAUGCUUGAGAACAACUGCCUGAUACCUCCUAAUUCUGCUGUAGAGGUGGAGCUUAGAGCGAAAAGCGUUAGUAGCUUACCUGACCCUCGCGUCCUGCUCCCAUUCCCAAUCGAUGUUCAGUCCUGGGAACGUCGAGCUCAGAUUCGGAAGUGGGAGUCGACCAUAGGUUGGUCUAUGCUGAUCUCACAGUCGAAAGAGGGUCUCGUGGUGUUUAUUACCCUGCUUCUCGUCGGUCUUGGUACUUGGUGGUACAGGUCUCGAUAGAUACCAGCUUUGCUACACCUUGCAAAACAGAUGACUGGCUGCCUAGCAGGCUGGGCAGGACUGCGCAGGUCGUAGGUUAGGAGGACCUAGGCGAGCGUAUUAAGUGACCCUGCUUAAGUACGGUCGUACUUCGGGUUCGAUUAAACCACGACUACGAUAAACAUAUCAUUAGAGAUCCAUGUUGUCUCUUUGUUGUUAUUUUUAACCCGCAUUUUUGCCUCUUGCACUAAAUGUAUAAUGGUGGACUACGGGUGACUUCGGUAUUGGCACUAUUAUUAGAUGGGUUCCUCAGAGGGAUGAGUGGCAGUAAUUAAUUGUUAUUAUACCCUUAUCGAAAGACCAAAGAUGCUGUUUUAUAUACACUUUAGAAGAGUCAUUGAGGGCUAGGAAUACUUUAGAAUUAUCUAUGAAGUUUGCUGGACUUUCAAGCUCGGGUAAUUAUACUAUCUUAGAAUAUUGGAAUAGCUUCCGGAUACGGAAACCGACGCCACCCGCAUCAUCACCAAGUCUUUGUCGAUUUUACUAGGUCUACAAACAACUAUGUCCAACUGCUCUUCGCAAAGUUAGUCAAUAGCAU